CGACGGUUGAGAGCUCCCUCCCCCGGUGACCAUGAUUUUACGACACCUGGCCCUGCGCGCGCCCCCCCGCGCCGCCCUCGCUGCCCGCCAAUGCAGGCGCUUCAUGGCCUCCGAGGUCGACAUCCUUGAGCGCAACGUCGACAAUUCGCUGAAGGAGACUCACUCCAUCGAGACCACCAUUAACAGCCAGUCCAAUCACUAUGUCCCCGCCUACAACCCCGAUGCCGAGCGCCAAGCCGCUUUGACCGACCCCGCCGUGGCCGAAGACUGGCAGGCCCACCUGCAUUCGAGGCGCGUCUCUUCAAAGAUUGGGGCCAAGGUGUCUCCCUACUACGCACCGCACACGCUCGUCAACAACCCGCCCAGGCCGUCUGAUGUGACUCUCGAGCUGCUUCUCGCUUCCCAGGCUCACCUCGGCCACUCGACCGCCGUCUGGAAUCCGGCGAAUGCGCGCUACAUCUUCGGCAUCCGUGAAGGCAUCCACAUCAUCGCCCUCGACCAAACGGCGGCGUAUCUGCGGCGGGCGGCCAAGGUUGUCCGCGAAGUUGCGAGAAGAGGUGGUCUUAUACUCUUCGUGGGCACGCGUGAUGGGCAGGAGCGGGCCAUCGUGAAGGCCGCACAGCUUGCGCAAGGCUGUCACCUAUAUGAUCGGUGGAUUCCCGGCAGUCUGACAAACGGCCAGCAGAUUUUGGGCAAGUGCAGGAUGAAGGUUGUGGAUGAGAUGGAUAAGGAGCUGCCCGACUUUAACCCCCAGCUGAUUGACAGGCCGGUGUUGAAGCCAGACUUGGUCGUCUGCCUGAACCCUCUGGAGAACUACGUCCUGCUGCACGAGUGCGCCCUCAACCACGUUCCGACCAUUGGCAUCAUUGACACCAACGCCUUCCCGACUUGGGUAACUUACCCUAUUCCUGCCAACGACGACAGUUUGCGAUGUACCCAAGUCAUUGCUGGUGUCCUGGGCCGAGCGGGUGAAGAGGGCCAGAAGCUCAGACUUCAGGCGGCUGCCGCAGGCGAAGUGACGUUCACGCCUUCUCAGAACUUGGAAAUGCCCGAGGACUUUUCUUCAGAGGGAUCGCCAUCUGGGUCGGAGGGUGCUAAGAAACAGGUUGCACGGAUGGAGGGCGCUCAGCCGAAGGUGAUUCGGACGGAAGGCGCCCGGACGGAGGGCGCGGAGACGGAGGGUGUUGCGCCCGGGGUUCCGGAACGCGAGCCGCCCGUGAUGCCGGGCGAUGGAGCGUCGCCUAGUCCCGUGGGCAGGGAAGCUAUUUAAGCUGUAUGUUUCCAACCAAUCUCGUUUCUGUAAAAUAGCGGUCCAGGGAUCUUCUACGCGGCCUCGGGGAGGGCGUCGGCAGGAAUGAAAAGUAAAAAAGAUGCGCGGUCGACUUAGUCCCGGUUGUGUGCAGCAUUCCCGCAGCUCUAAAUAUAGCCGGGACAACAAGCUUCUUGGCUAGUCCUUGGUCAUACCUUAUUAUUGUAGCUUGUUUUGAUUGCUGUCUGGUCGACGAUUAGCAUCUCCUCUAGGAUCCGCAGCUCCAAGUAUAACCAGAACAAGUAUAGCCAGGUAACUGUUUCGCAGUGG